AGCAUCAUGUUCCAUCCUUGUCUUGGGCCAUCAUCUAACCAUCUGCAAGCACUCCACUUCUGCAGAUAGAGCUUCUUCUUCUUCUCCUUUCUCCUCCUGGUCCUCUUCUCCCUUUUUCUCUUCUUUGGUGUCUUGGACCAUCUGUGAAGCUUUCCAUGGAUACUACACAGUGGUCUCAGGGCAUAGGGUUGGUGAAGCCCGUGAAGGAGUUUGCUUCCUCCACCACAACCACCAGCGGCAGCGACACCUGCACCACCACCAGGACACAGGUGACGGAGAGGCGCCCAAGGCCGCACAAGGAGCAGGCCCUCAACUGCCCCAGGUGCAACUCCACCAACACCAAGUUCUGCUACUACAACAACUAUAGCCUCACCCAGCCCAGGUACUUCUGCAAGACUUGCAGGAGGUAUUGGACCGAGGGUGGGUCGCUCAGGAAUGUCCCUGUGGGCGGUGGCUCGAGAAAGAACAAGAGGUCCUCCAUGUCCUCCGCCACUGCCAUCUCUUCCUCCUCCUGUAACUCCUUCACGGAAGCGUUAGCAACUGCCUCAGCUCCCAAGAAAUUCCAUGCCGACCUCAUCCCUCCAUCCAUCUUACUCUCCACCAACUCUGAAACUCCAAAACUCCAUGAGAAACAGGACCUCAACCUGGCCUUCCGCCAACAUAGCAUCCCCGAGUACAACGACUACUUCAACCUAGAAAUCAGCAAUGCCAACAACAUCAGCAGCAGUAACAGCAACUAUUGUGCCGCUGUUCGUGCUCUCUCUGACAUGGAGGUACUGACGAAUGGUAUGACCGCAAAAGGCAUCGGGUCUUUGAUGCCGCUGCCAAUGACGGAGUAUCCAACAGGGUUAGGAUUGCAUGGGUUCAGACCACCUACUCUUAGUUUUCCUUUAGAUGGAAUAAGCGGAGGGGGCGGGGGAGGUAUUGGUGGUGGUGGGUAUGGGGACUUGCCCGGUAUUCAGGAGAGUGUUACUGGUAAGCUGUUGUUUCCUUUGGAGGUCCUGAAGCCAGCAAUCCCCUCAAACAAUGUCGCAGACCAGUUUGAGGUGCAAGGUGAUGAUCCUCCCAGGUAUUGGAACGGUGUCAUCGGAGGAGGCUCAUGGUAGACCAAAAAGAGAGAUGAAGACCUUCUAAGAGUAACAACGUUUGAUUAUCCAAGUUAACUCUUGAUGGUGGUGCGGAUCACUUUGUUUGUAGUCGUUCAGCCUAACAAACAGAUCAUGAUGCAUAAGUUCCUUCUCUUUUGACUUCACUUCUAAUUUACUCAUUCUAACUAGUCUAUUCUCCUCACUGUGGAUAUCCGAAGCCUCAUUUUAUGCUGGCUUCAAAAGAUUUGUCUUAACCAGAAGAGUUUGGUUGUGUGGUGAUCGGAAGAGAGCUCUCUUUUCCCUUUUUCUCUUGUUUCUUCAUGCAGGAUAAAUAUAUGGGAGGUUACCAAUAAUCCUUUUGCAAAUAUAUGUAUAGGCAUUGCGCGAUUGCCUGAUUCAUGAAUGCAGGAGAAAGGAAACAAGUGUGCAAGUGCUCGUGUGAUGUUUUGGUGUGCUUGGAAACGUUGUGAAGCUUGUUUGUACUGUGGACUAGUGCAAAAGAUUGUAUGAACCAAAGGGAAGGGAAAAAGAAAGGAACUAUAAUUUGUUUGUCUGUAUGUCGAUUGCAUGUAGUAUUUCCAUGAGUUCCACUUUCAAGUGUUGCCUUCUUUGUUC